AUCGGAACACGCAAUCAUCACUAACACCCUCAAUAAGCAAUAUCACCAGUAGAACGUUGUCCAGAGUUAUGGAAAACUGGUGGGAUGAAUUCAGCUUCGGCAGCCCGGUGUCAGACGACAUCGCUAUGUUAGGAACGCAAUUUGGAAACACAUCAUACACAAGCGACGAGCCGGACUCUCCUAGCGCUGGAUCAACCGGUUCAGACUGUGAAAACUUAGACUUUAGCAAAAAUUGUUCUAACAGACUCAAAACUCACCAAAAAUACAAACAAAAUAAAAAUCCAUUAAAAAGAGUAAUCCAACGACAAGCAGCAAAUUGCCGAGAAAGGAAGCGGAUGAAAACUCUCAAUGACGGUUUUGAAAAGUUACGUGAUCACAUACCAGAAGCCAGUAUGGACAAAAAACUCUCUAAAGUGGACACUCUGCGGCUUGCCAUCCAAUAUAUAGAUCAACUGCAGUCCAUGAUCACCGUUUUUGAUGACAGUUCUGAAGGCGGAAUGAAAGAUACGUCAUCAGAAAAUAAAAAAGUCAUAAUAAGAUGCCACGCAACAAAUACUGAUGGAUACCAUAGUCACGAUAGCCCCUUAUAUGGCCACUCUCUUUCCUGGUCAAACAUAACCACCCACACACCAGAUGAAAAUAAUAGACUAAAAGCUAAAUUAUGGACCCCUGAGUGCUCAGUGCCAGAGACAUAUCAGAUACAAGAGUGCAAUUUCCGAGACUUGCUAUGAAUGACGGCAAAGGGACAUGUGCAAUAAACUACAAUCAGCAUUCAUUCAUCCAAGACGAGAUGAAAAACAAUGACGUCAUAACUGCUCAAUAUGUUAAAAAAAGCGAUAACUAUGAUGUAUUUGCAAUGUUCCAAUACAUUAUAUAUUAUUUACAUAGAACCAAAGUUGUAGAGACAAUCAGCGAAUUAAAAGUCAGUGUUCAGUUCACUAAACAGAAAAUGUCAGGUGUGCUUUCUUUUUGUACAAUAACUAUUUCUCACCAUAAUUACCUAUCCUUCUUGCCUGCCUCAAUGAUCUUUUAAACAACAAAAUUGCGCUUUGUAGUUCAACUUUAAUUGGUGUAAUUACAAGUAAAAUCUAUUAACAGUGAUCCACACGCAAAAAAUAAAAACUAUGUUUAAUAAUUAAAAUAUGUUUUGUGGGGAAACGUUCUGUUUCAUUACAACGAUCUUGUAAUUAGUGGUCAACUUGGCUGGAGAGUGCAAUUUGUAAAUAUAUUACAGUAUAAAAAACAGAUGAUAAUAUAUUUUGUAUUCAAAUUAGAGAAAUUAUAUAAGAAUAUUUAGUGCUAUGUAUUUCUUACAAACAAAUGUACAUAUCUUGUUCAAAUCAUAAUUGUGUAAUUAUGUGAUUCUACUUGCAAUUCCAUGUUAUUCUAUUGUAAAUACAUAAUAAGCCACUAUUAUUUUACUGUUUGUAUCAUAUGACCAAAAUGUGUUCAAUUUUACAUGAGCAUUUUUAUAUUUUAUUACAGAAACACGCAAAGCCAAAUAAAUGUUAAAAUGUACGAAU